UGCUUUCGCAUUUCCAUUAUAUAGUGCGACUAGAAAUGUGUCCUCCUGAGAAAAAGUAUGUUUUAUGGUUCGCCCAGGAGCAUGUGGACUUUCGGCAAGCUGAAAUCGACUCCUUGCUACAAUUGUGGAACAUUCAAAUGACCACCCAGGUGGGACACAAACCGGAAAAUCCAUUCUGGAUUGUAGGAUUACCAAACGAUGAAGCAGCCAGGAAGCUUGCCUCCCGAUCGAUGUCGUUGCGGUGCAUUUUCGAGCUGUGGUCCCACGCCAAUCAGAUCGGCACUUUCCACGAGCGACUGGAGCAGUACAUUCAAUCGAAUCGAACCGCAUUGGAUCCACUGUUUGGGGCGGAUCGUAGCUUCAAGGUGACGAUAGAGACGUACAAUAAGCAUUUUUCGCAGGCGGAAAAAGUCGCCAAGAUUGAAACGCUGCAGUACCUGCCGAACAAAGGUCCGGUUAAUUUGAAAACACCGGAUGUGCACUUUUGGUACAUCGAGUUUUGGGGGCUAGACCCGAUGGACGUGCCGGAGGAACCGUUGGAUGUGUUGUUCGGGUGCUGGGUGGCCGACGCGCGACGGGAUAUGAUAAAUGAAAUUUCGCUCAAACGGCGAAAGUUUAUCGGAAAUACAUCGAUGGAUCCGCAGCUGUCGCUGCUGAUGGCAAAUCAGGGACUGGCGAAGGCUGGGGAUCUUGUGUUUGAUCCGUUCGUGGGAUCUGGUUCGCUGCUGGUUGCGGCGGCCAAGUUUGGGGCGUACGUUUUGGGGGGCGACAUUGAUUAUAUGACGCUUCAUGGGAAGUCGAAGCCGACGCGGGUGAAUCAGAAAGUCCGGGAGGCGGACGAGAGCAUUUAUGCAAACUUGAAGCAAUACGGGUGCGAGGGGUGCUAUGUGGAUGUUCUAAUUUCGGACUUUUCCAGAAGUAUUUGGAAUGAAAGCAUACAAUUUGACAGCGUUAUUACGGAUCCCCCGUACGGUAUACGGGAAGCAACCGAAAGGAUUGAGUUCAAGACGCAGAAGAGAGCGACCUGUUUGAACGAGAAUGCCAUCCAUUAUCCCUCCACUUCGCCUUAUCAAUUUGAUAUGUUGUAUCGAGAUUUGCUGAACUUUUCCGCGCGCUAUCUGAAGAUGGGGGGAAGGCUUGUGUGCUGGUUUCCGAUUCUUAGGAAAGAUGCCACUCCGGAUAUGUUGCCACGACACAAGUGUCUGGAGCUGGUGGCUAAUUCAGAGCAGCCACUGUCCGUUUACAGCGCCCGUCGUUUGCUAACUUAUGAGAAAGUAUCCGAUCUGGAGGAAGAUAUGGACUCUUACGAGUUGUCCCCAGUGAUGGUUGAAAACUUCCGCCAGAGGUACAUGAAUACGGUGUUGAAAAACAGCGGCACACGGAAGGAGCGUCGGUCAGCUCUACGAGAUGUGGGUCGCGAGGAAGCUAUAAAGCGAGGGAAGCAACAGGAUAUCGAUGGGAAGUGGAAAUAUAUAAAGGCUGGUGAUAAUGAGCAUUCAAAACAAUAAAACGCGGAUCUUCCAAGAAAACUUUAAUCGUAUUUAUUUCAAAUUCUCGCGUUGAUGUGGUUUAUCCUUUGUGUUUCUACAGUUUUGAUCCGAUUCACAUACGAGCGACGGUGAUUUUCUG